GUUCCUGCAGCGGGUUCACAACAGAACUCUGCCCAGCCUUGUUCCACCACACCGCUUCUUGUAGGGUUUCAUAGGAGACCUAACAUUAAGUAAUUGAGAGCUGGGAACGUGAGCAGGCAUGUUGGCAGCGUACGUUCAGCCUAUUGCGCUUUAAUGUGCACACCAAAGCAGGCGGGUGUUCAACUUUUUCGGGAGAUUUAACUUUCUCUGUUUCACUUUCGCAUCGAGCGAACGAGCCAGCUUUUAGUGGGGUGAGCAUGUGAAGCGAACUCCGACUGCUGCUGCAGAGGACAUCAUGGACACGGACACGGAGACCAGUGUCCCGCAGGAGUCCUGCUGCUUCAACAGGACCUUCUCCGCCCUAACCGUCGACGAUGUGUACGAAAUAGCCAAGCUGGUCGGCGCCGAGGUGGAGAAGCUUAUCGACGGCUACGGCAAAGAGAGCGUCGAGGGUCUGGUUCCGAAGAUAGUGAAAGUGCUGGAGCUCCUGGAGAGCUUCGCCUCCCGGAACCAGGCGUUCGGUCUGAGGGAAGACGAGCUGCUGAAGACCUUCGAGCAGAUCCAGCUACAGCAGCAGAGGAAGCGCGGGGCGAAGGACAGCGACGACGGCAACGAGAAGAAUGAAAUACGAGAGCUGCAGCAGAAGGAGGAACAGUGGGAGAGGAGAUGUGAGGAGUUGCAGAUCCAAGUGCAGCAGCUCCAGGAGGACAGGAAGGAGCUGCAGAGCAGGUUAGAGGGCAACAAUGCUCAGGAAGAUCGUACUCAGAAGCAGGAGCGGGAGGUGAUGCUGAAGCUGAAGGAGGUGGUGGACAAGCAGAGAGAUGAGCUGAGGGCUAAAGUCCAGGAGAUUGCCACAGUCUCCAAAGAGGUGGAGGCGCUCCAGGAGCAGUUGGACCGCUUCAUGAAGAUGAACUCAGAGUUGCGGCACAGGCAGAACGUGCUGCAGACGCAGCUAAAGAGCAUUGUGGAGAGGAAGGCUGACGUGGAGACCGACCUGAAGGAGAAAAAUAAAGAGAUAGAAAGGCUCCAAACACUGCUAAAUAAUGCCAAUGGAAACAGCCCUUCCAGUCCAAGUCGAGCAGUAAAAGAGUUGACCCAAAAGCCAACCACUGUGCAGGAUGAUUCUAAUCAGCCAUGCUUCACAAAGAAGGAGGUGCGGGACAUUCUGUUUGAGAGGAACGAGCUGAAAACCAACCUCUUCCUGGUGCAGGAGGAGCUCAACUACUAUCAAAGGGAAAUUUUAAAUGAGGAAAGGUGUCCAGGCUUCAUUUUGGAAGCUGUCCGGUCGGUAAUCAAAAAACGAAGGAGGCUGAUAAAGGCAAAGAUGCUUGGGAUUCCUCUCAACGACUGUAGCAUCAGUGAUGAGGAGGAGACGAGUUCUCUGUACAGGCAGACAAAAGAGGACAGCUCAGAAGUAGAUGGGCCUAACAAACCUGCUGAGUCACACAUUCAAAAGCUCUUCGGCUUCCUGACGCGCUCGGGCAGCAGCAGGAGUCCCACCCACAUGAGCAACUCUGCCUCCAGCUGGGAAAUCCUGGGAGAAACAGAGGCCAGCGAGGAGACAGAGCAACAGCCGACUUUCUGAGUCCCACGGAGGGUCUGCAGUGAGAUUCCCUUCUGCUUGACAGCCACUCCUCUCCUCAUUCUGAAACUCGAAACAGAGAAUCUGGUUGUUGGCUCAGCGAAAGGCAGUUUUAUUGCACCCCAAGCUUGGGUAACACAAAACUAAGUAUCUAAUAGGAAAAAGACAUAAGAUGUCAGCAAUUUUAAACAAUCCCAUUGAUUGCCUCAUUUUUUAAGCUCUAUUUCAAUCAUGAAUUUUGCUCAGUAUGACCUUAAACACUGUAUAAAUGGUACAAAGUAAACGCAUUAAGUGGGACACUUGUAAAAUUCUUAUUUUGUAUGGUUCAGAAGUUAAAACAAUCAGUGAUAUGUAUACAUAAAAAACAUUGAAAUAUUUUUAGAUAUUGUGAAAUCUAGCGUAGUAUAUAUAUUUUUAUAUUUAUCCUGAAAGAUUUUCUGCUGAGACCAAAGACAGAGAAAAAUCGUUUCAUUUUUCUCAGCUGUUCAGCUGUUAGAAGAUGAAUCUCCAAAUGAACUUUCAAAUCCAAUAAAAAUUUCCCUUUCCUAGAAUAUUGGUUUGCUUCAGGGUUUCUAAAUUGUCCAGAUGAUGGAUUAACCCAUAUUUUAUGGUACAGAUAUGUUAAGAGAAGUUCUUAUCUGUUCCACAUAGGGGCAUUUUAUUAUAAGUGAAUAUAUGUUUCUAGGUAAUUAUUGAGUUUACUUCAAUAGUUUUCAUGAUUUUAGGCACUUUUAUCCACAGGAAAAAAGAUAUGCUUUUUUACCCCGUAUGCCUUAACUUACUGUUUCUAAUGUUGAAGAUGCAUUUUCCUGCUAUUAAGUCAUUAGUUAGUUGAACAGAGCAACAGUUUUGGCUGGUGUGUAUUCGAUGGUGGUGCCAUAUGAAUGUGAUUGGCUGUUGUUCAUGCCUCUGCAUGGUGAUGACUUCCUUUUAUGCAUGUUUUUAAACCCCACACUUCCAGCUAACAUUUAGGUACAAAGUCACCACUUGUACUGAAUCUGGCCCCUCCUCUAAAUGCACUGUUCAGACAGGUCAGUGAGGGACAAUAAGUGAACACCCAAAGAGACCGUCUUCUGAAACAAAAUGUUUGGAGUUUAUUUUUGUGAAUAAGUUCUUUGGAUGUGAAAUAUCUGCAAAAUGGAGAUUUUCAAUAAAACAUAAAAAAAAAAAAAAA